UGUGGCCAGUCUCGCCUUAUUUAUUUGGGAAGUAGACGUGUCAACAUUCCACACAGUUGGUCACACCUCACUGAUCGCUGGACGGUUUAUGUCACAUUAACAGGACGAGUGGGACCCCGACCACAGCAGAUGAUGGCUGUGUACAACAGAACACCUCUUCAGAUCGCUGUCGUGUGUAUGUUCAUCCUGCUGGCAUUCUGUCUAUACACAUUACAAUACUCUGCUGGACAGCUCACCCCAGAGGCUCCCAUUGCACCAAAACUGAGGUCAAAACCCCCGAGUCAACAUCCUCCGCCGGCUCCAUGCACCUGUCCUAGCGGCUCAGUGCUUCUCAAAGAUCACAUCCCUAAGGAUCAGUACGAGGAGCUGGUGAAACGCCGAGCUAAGGAACUCCAAAAUCACAAAGCCAGGACGACGUCUGUGUUAUCCAGACUGCUGUUUGCAUUGCCUAACUCUCCUCUGCAGUAUCCGAUCCAGGGUUUUACAGUACGGCCUUUGACCUCCAGUCUCAUACCAGGUUUAUCUCUGCAUGCAGAACACAGAAGCAGCUACAAGGUGUCCUUCAGUGUGUCCAAAGGUGUCCUGACCACGGAGAUUCCAACUGAAGGAGUGAAGGUCCAAGGUGAUGGUGAGAGCAGACUGAUUCUGGAAUCGAGCAGCCUGCUGAUCCUGAAUGACCUGCUGGCCAAAGUGUCCUACACCAGCACUGUCUACCACGUGCACACCGGAGACCUCGCGUCCUUCCAGUUUGAGAACCAUGAAGCCGUGUUUCCCAUCACCAUCAAACGGCCUCACCUGCCAGUCCUGUACGACAUGGGAACAGAUAUCAGCUCUCAUGUCACCAUCGCCACGAAGACAUUCCUUCGCUACCCACAGCUCAAGGUGUUGUUGAGUAGCAUCCGGCGUUUCUAUGGCAACAUAGAAGUCGUCAUUGCAGAUGACAGCUUUGAACCAGAGCACAUUCCUGGAGAACACAUCCGACAGUACUUCAUGCCUCCAGCACAGGGCUGGUUUGCUGGCAGGAAUCUGGCUGUCUCCCAGGUAACCACCAAGUACUUCCUGUGGGUGGACGAUGACUUUGUGUUUAGGGAGGAGACAAAGAUCGAGAAGCUGGUGGAGGUGAUGGAGGCCGUCCCUGAACUGGACGUGCUGGGCGGAACAGUACAAGGAAACCAGUUUCAUUUCUCUCUAAUCUAUGAGGAAGGAGAGGAAAAUGAAGGGGGCUGCCUUUACAGGAAGUCUAAGGGGAAAUUCCACUCACUUCCUGGUUACCCACAAUGCUUUCUGGCCGAUGGGGUGGUAAACUUCUUCCUGGCUCGUACAGAUGCUGUGCAGAGGGUGGGAUUUGACCCUAAGCUCCAGAGGGUAGCACACUCAGAGUUCUUUAUGGACGGCCUGGGCUCCCUGCUGGUCGCCACAUGUGGCCACGUGUCCAUUGGCCAUCAGCCCAAAACAAACAACAAUAAGGAUGUGACUCGCUACAAAAGCUUCAGACACCCGUCAAGUAGUGACAGUGAGUUCAAACUGCACCUUCACUUCUUCAAAAACAACCUCAAGUGUAUCCGAUAUGGAUAGAAGACCACCAAAGGACACCGAGCCGCACUUUUCCCUCAACUUGUUCAAAUGAAUGUAUUUUAUAUUUCUCUUCUUUCUUUAUUAUUUUAAUUGGUUUAAUGGUUUUUUUGGUCAGUUGUUUUUAGUGUAAGUAAGGGUAAUAUAUUCUGAAUAUUCUGACUAUAUGUUCAGUAAGUGACAUGCAGACUGUGAGUAAACUCAAGUUACUGAUAGGGACAAGUUGUGCACUGCUGUUAUAAACAGAAUAAACUGUGCUCAGGAUUUUAUGUCAUUUUUUAAGGGGGUUUGGAUGCAUCUACGGUACAUUACUACAGUAGUAUUAUCAGUUAGAUAUUCUGAACAAAAGACGCUGAAA